AUGGUGUGUGAUAAUACCAGGACCGAAGAACAGCUGCUACCUUUCGAAGAGGCAUUGGAAAAGACUGGUAAUGGAAUAUAUAACAUCCUGCUCGCGUUGACAUGUGCCCUGUCCCUUCUGGCGAUCGGCGCGGACCUCUUCGGCUUCACCUUGGUGGUGACCGCCGCUUGUGACCUUGAGCUAACAGUUUUACAGAAGGGCAUUCUCACUUCCGCGCCGUUUGUUGGUAUUCUUCUAGUCUCCUAUGUUUGGGGCUACGUUUCUGACACCAAGGGACGUAGAUUCACGCUGCUGCUGUCCCUGACGGUUGGUUUUAUACUGUCCAGCAUCUGCAGCUUAUCGUUUGACUGGAUUACAUUAGGGGUUCUUAAAUUUAUUUCGGUGUGUUUUUCUUGUGCGGCCAACUCUGUAUCUUACACGCUGCUGGGAGAGUCAUGUAUUGGAAGAGUGAGAAAUAAGUACAUGGUCAUGAUGACCUGCUUCAUUCUUCUGUCGCCUGCAUUCGCUGCUCUUUUAACCUACCCAAUACUGAAACUUGACUUCGAAGAGCCGCUAUUAUUGGGAAUUGUCUUCAGACCCUGGCGAUUACUAAACAUCGUCCUGGCUUUGCCGUCCGGGAUCGGGGCGGUUGCUGCGUACUUCUUCCAUGAGUCGCCGAAAUUCCUCGCUAACUGCGGCAGGAAGGAAGAGGCUCUCGAAGUCAUGAGGUCCAUUUACGCUGUCAACCAUUCUUGUACUAAAGAAGAGUUCGGGGUGACGUCUUUUACCAUGACGGAAGUGGAAAAGAAGAAAGAAUCUCUUAUCAGGUCAAUAUUCGAACAGAGCGCUCCUCUCUUCCGGCCUCCUUACUUAUGGCGGACUCUGCAGCUCUAUUAUAUAGUCGCUGUAGUUUAUAUCACGAACAACAGUUUCUUAGUGUGGCUUCCACAUAUACUGAACCUGAUACGGAUAUCAAUGGAGAACCAUACAGCUACUGGCAACAUCUGCGCUCUCAUAUCCGACGACAACGUGCAUUCGAAUGUAAAUAACACUGGCAACGGAUCGGUCAGUGGGACCACUGCAACUAAAAUAAAUCCAGCAAUUUGCCUCGAUACUAUAGAAGACGAUAUCAUGAUCACGCUAAUGCUGUCCCAAUCGGUCUUUGCGUUCCUAAACUUCGUCAUAUCAUACCUCCCUAACCACAGGAGGAAAGUGAUGAUUUGCAUCUUAUGUCUAUCGUCGUUGAGUGGAUUUUUGGUCAGCACAACGCCUGAGCCGAUAUCAAGCGUGGUCUUUUUUAUGGUGUUCACGUCAACAUGCCUAGGCAUGGGUAUUUUAGCGUCAUAUUUCGUGGACCAGUAUCCUACUUCUUACAGAGGAAUGGUGUCAGGUCUCAGCAUCAUGGUGGGACGGAGCAGCUCCUUUGUUGGUAUUAAUCUAGUGGGCAAUUUAAUCUUCCAUCACUGUCAAAUAACCUUCUAUUUGUGGUCCUUCCUUGUGUUAACUAGUGUUGCUGCAGCAUGGUUUCUACCGCCUGACAAGCCUUCGGAGUCAGCUGACAAGACAACGAAAUUGUGA